AUGAGUGGCAGCAACGACCAUCUACGGUGGGGAACUACAGCUCCUUUAGCAGCGGAGGAUGAAGGUGAAGGACGUUUUCAGAGCUCGGUCAAUGCGGUACCGUUUUGUUUGGUGGCAACCGCAGUUUUAAUCUCCAUCUUCCUUUUACUUGCUCUCUUUGAGAGGUUCAUGUUCAUUCGACAGACUACGUCACCACCUUUCAACCAAAAGCUGUCUCCAUUUGCUUCCCCAAAGAUUGGUGUGUGUGAGAGAGAAAUAUCAGUGUUGAUGCCUGGAGAAGAGGUUCCAACCUUCAUUGCUCAGCCAUGUCCUCCCUCCUACUCAAGAUCAUUCUGAACAAAAACUUCUUGAAUUUCAA